AUGAAAGUCACAACCGUUGUGAGGUAUGCGAUUUUAGCAGCGGAGGUUUGGGGGAAGGAGGAGGUUAAGAGAGUAUGUGGGAAUGAGCGGUUGGGUGAAUUAAAUGACUCACUCUCAUAUUACCCAAAUGCAUGGAACAAAAAGAGUCCAAAGAACGGCUUCGUAUGCCUCAAAGUCGACAACAGCACACCCUCAUUCUCCGCAACGUGGAACUGGCCCGCGGACAUCCAAGACGUACACUCCUUUCCCUACGUGCGCUUCAACAACCCGAGCCUCCCCGUUCGUCUGAGCGAUUUAGAAUCUAUCCGCUUAUCAACAGAUUGGAUCUACACACCAGGCAGUCCGUCAAAAAUACCAGAUGUUUUCAGUAACGAGGUCUGGGCGAAGAACAAACCGGAGUUAGAAGGGGACGGCGUGCAGGCGAAUGCGGCGUGGGAUUUCUUCCUGGAUGAUGAUAGGAAUAGAACGCUGUAUCCGCAGGUUGCGGCGGUGGAGUUUAUGGUUUGGUUGGGAAGGGUGGGGGAUCCGUGGUGGCUUGGACGGCAGAACGAUAGUAUCUUGUCGACUGUUACGCUUGGGAAGACGCAGUUCUCGCUCUUCUACGGACGGAACUCAGGAGGAACACACGUAUUCACUGCUGUUACAAAGGACAACAGCGACGUAUUAUCCUUCGACGAGGAUUUCUACCCUUUAUUUCAGUAUAUUCUCAAACAAGCGCGUAAACAAAUCGACGCAGAUGAUUUACCGAAAGAUCCAUGGCUAGGCAUCAUUGAGUUUGGAACAGAGACGUGGAUGUCAAAAGGAAACGCGACAUUCACAGCUGCGAAUUUUGGGAUGAGUUUGAAGGGCAACUUUACGAGUGAGAGGAACUCUACAAAGGGAGAUGAUGGUAAAGAUAAGGGUGAUAAGUCUGGUGAUGAGAAGCCUAGUGAUAAAGGAAGUGGGGAUAAAGGCAGUGGGGAUAACUCGACUGAUUCAAAGGGUGAUGAGGAGGAUGAUGCGGUGAGGUUGAUGAGUCAAUCGGUGUUGGGUCUCUCUGAAGAUUGGCUACAGGAUUCGCAUCCUUCGGUUGGUGGGCUGACUACAAGGAUCCGUCGUCAACCUAACCUCACCUCAGUGAAUCCACCUUAUUUCCUCAUCUCACGAUCUUCACUCCAAUCAUACAACCCAAUCACCAUGACACACACCUCACCCCCCGAAAGCCGUCUCCGACGCGCCAUCCACGCCCUUCCCUUCCUCCUAAUCACAGCCCUCAUGUCCCGCGCCUUCGCAAUGGCAAAGCCAAUCGGUCCUAUGAUCGAAGAAACUGUCAAAACCUCUAUUUUCACCGCGCAAAACGUUACCGUACCUGUAAUUAAGAGUUUCUAUGGCGUACCUAUUCUAGAUGAUGUUUUCGCCGUGGUUACUGUUGCCUUUGCGCAUCUGCUGUUCUUUACAGAUGAGGAGGCGUAUUGGCAGCUUUUGGUGUUCUUGACCGAUUUUGCGGGGAUGUAUGCUGUUGUGAUGAUCGAGGCGUAUAGACCGGGGAAUACAUUUCCCGUGAUCAAGUAG